UGCCAGUGCCUUUUUUUGUAGAAUCCUCCUCUCUUCCCCCACUUUGCGUCAGCUUCAUCUCGGUCAUGGGGGUUUCAGGGUUUAUCAGGGGUUUUAACUUCCUCCAUAGAACCAAACCCAGAAUCAGUGUUUACCCUUCUGGCUACAUUCAAAGGAGGGCCUUUUCUGACUCCAAACUUCUCGACAGCAAUGACUCUGUUCUUCCUGUUCUUAUCGUUGGUGCAGGACCUGUGGGCCUCGUUCUCUCCGUUCUGCUUUCAAAAUUUGGGGUAAAAUGCACGGUGUUGGAAAAAAACAAGGGGUUUUCCAAGCACCCACAAGCUCACUUUAUCAAUAACCGAACUAUGGAGGUGUUUAGGAAAUUGGAUGGAUUAGCGGAGGAGAUUCAAAGUUCACAACCACCUGUAGAUUUGUGGAGAAAAUUCAUAUAUUGUACUUCACUAACUGGUUCAAUGCUAGGUUCGGUGGACCAUAUGCAUCCUAAAGAUUUUGAAAAAGUUGUUAGUCCAAUCUCUGUUGCUCACUUCUCGCAGUACAAGUUAACUAGGUUACUUGUUAAGCUGUUGGAGAAUCUUGGUUUUUGUAUUUGCACAUCAGAAGGUCCAGAAAGCCUUGAUCAUGAACCACUCAAGGGAAGGGAAAUCUUGAUGGGGCAUGAGUGUGUCUCCAUUGACAUAACUGAUCAAUGUGUUACUGCAACUGUUUCUUUUUCCAAGGAAGGUGAGUCAAUGACAAGAAAAAUUCAGUCUAAAAUUCUUGUUGCUGCUGAUGGUGCCGGAAGUACAGUAAGAAAGCUCGUUGGAAUAGAUUUGAAAGGUGAAAAUGACUUGCAAAAACUUGUGAGUGUUCAUUUCUUGAGCAAUGACCUCGGGCGAUACCUGCUUAAUGAGAGACCUGGUAUGCUAUUUUUCAUUUUCAACGCUGAAGCUAUUGGGGUUCUUGUUGCUCAUGAUCUUAAACAAGGGGAAUUUGUAUUACAGAUCCCAUUCUAUCCUCCUCAACAAAGCCUGGAAGAUUUCAGCCCCGAGAUAUGCAAGAAGUUAAUAUUCAAAUUGGUUGGUCGAGAGCUUUCAGAUGUAAAUGUGAUUGACAUUAAGCCAUGGGUGAUGCAUGCUGAAGUUGCUGAGAGGUUUGUAUGUGGGAACAAUCAAAUAAUACUUUGUGGAGAUGCCGCUCACCGUUUCCCUCCAGCUGGUGGUUUCGGGAUGAAUACUGGUAUCCAGGAUGCUCAUAAUCUGGCCUGGAAAAUUGCUUCUGUACUAAAAGGUGUUGCAUCAUCUUCAAUUCUUGCCACAUACGAAACGGAACGUAAGCCGAUUGCCAUUUUUAAUACAGCUCUUAGCAUUCAGAACUUCAGAGCAGCAAUGGCAGUUCCUGCAACUCUUGGUCUUGAUCCGACUAUUGCAAAUUCUGUUCACCAAGUUAUUAAUAAGGGGGUUGGUUCCAUUUUACCAUCUAGUAUGCAGAAGGCUCUUUUGGAUGGAAUUUUUUCAAUAGGUCGUUCACAGCUUUCGGAAUUCAUUUUAAAUGAAAAUAACCCACUUGGAUCGUCAAGGCUUGCUAAAUUAAGGCAUAUUUUUGAAGAAGGAAAGAGCCUUCAGCUCCAGUUUCCUGCUGAGGAUCUUGGCUUUAGGUACCUUGAAGGAGCACUUGUUCCAGAUAGCAAGGAUGUUGUGCCUGCUCCACAAUUGCCUACGGGUCGUCGAAGGGAUUAUGUCCCCUGUGCAGAUCCAGGGUCUAGGCUGCCUCAUAUGAAUGUUAGGGUUUUGUCAAAAUUUCAAAGUGAGGAAACCAUUUCUACACUCGAUCUUGUGUCUGGAGACAAAGUUGAGUUCCUUCUCAUAAUAGCUCCAGUGGAGAAGUCCUAUAAUCUUGCUCAAGCUGCAUUCAAGGUUGCCAAGGAAUAUAAAGUUUCUAUCAAGGUGUGUGUUCUAUGGCCAGCUGGUAUUGUUACUAGAUUUCAGCCAGAGAGCAAAGUAACAGUAGCACCUUGGAAGAACUUCAUAAACGUUAUAGAGGUUAAAAGGUCAGCAGAUUCAUUGUCAUGGUGGAAAACUUGUCAGAUGACAGAGCUAGGAGCCAUUUUAGUCAGGCCAGAUGAACAUAUUGCUUGGCGUUCAAAGCCAAGUGUCAUAGGGGAUCCUUAUUCGAAGAUGAAAAUGGUUUUUUCUACCAUUUUAGGAAUUGAGUCAAUCAAUAUAAGAAACAAUGUCUUGAAUAUUUGAAGAAUUUCUAUCAGAAUUCUGCUACAGGACUGGACUGUUCAUUGUUGCUUCAUAUAAAAUAAAAUACAUCAGCCAGAAAUUUCUUUAUUAUUUACCAAGGUUUUGGAAUGGAUCCAAUGAAGAGUCAGAGAUGGCUGCUGUGCACGAGUUAAAAGCUUUUUGCUUCAUAAUAGCUUCUGGCAGCUCAAAUGCAAUAGUUCUGCUAUGUGUUAGUCCUCAGUGAUUCAUGUGUUUUAAUUUUAGGAGGGUAUAAUUUCACCAAUUUCAAUAGAGUGGAAUACAGGUAUAAUUUUUUUGCUCUGUUUUGAUCAUCUUGUUGGAUUAAAUC